CUGCCCAAUAUUUUUGUGGAAACCGCGUUAUUGUAUAAAAGCAACCAACGUGUAUUUCGUAUGGCAUUUUGGGGUCAAAUGCAAUCAUUUAUUAUGAGAAUGAAGUUGAAAAUUGGUGUAAAAUACAAAAAAAGUUUUACUAAUCAUUUAAGUUGUUUUUUUUUAAGUUUCUUUUCUUUACGCUUUAAAUUUGCGAUGUUAAGGACGCAAUUUUCGCCAUAAAUGCGCCACUUGGGAUCCAGUUGUUCUGACACUCCAUCUGUGUUUGAAGAGGACGCAGACAGCUGGAUGAGCCAGAGGUUCUCACAGACAAGCUGGCGCCAGGCUUUCACACAAUCACAGGAUAUGUAAAGACUUCAAUAACGACCCAUUAGGCCUAAUGAUUGAGAAUCGAUCAGGCGUUAACUCCUCCAUGCAUAUGUUAAUGUGACGCGGGACGGGCCUAUAUAUAUUCAGGCCGCUUCUGGAGACCUGGCACACAGUCUUGGAUUGUACUCGGAUAGACUCACGUCCUCGGACAAGUAGACAGCAAUCAUGGUGAAGACGUUUUCUGUGGACUGGCUCGCUCAAAGCUUUCACGAUUCGCCUCCUCAAGACGUUCUGGAGCCGGAGAAGAAGACGCACAGGCCACACGUACCGUGCGUCGUUCAACCCAGACCCCCGACAUCGUACGACAAGGUUUAUUUGCAGCCAAAACCAAAGGUUAACAAAACUGAACAGAAACCAGGCGCCGUUAAAGAGAAGGAGGUCGCAACUCAAAGGAGCUGCUCGUCUCCAAGCUUUUCAGAGAACGGCGGCUAUUCGUCGGGUUAUGAGAGCGAAGCGGCCUCGUCCGAGUGCGCGUCCGUCGAAGACGGGAACGAGACCGAGAAAGACGCGGCGACGCGAAGAAUCCGAACCAAAUUCACCCCGGAACAGAUCGACAAACUGGAGAAGAUCUUCAACAAACACAAAUACCUGGACGCGGGAGAGAGAGUGAAAACAGCCCUGAAACUCAGUCUGUCAGAAACUCAGGUCAGAACGUGGUUCCAGAACCGCAGGAUGAAGCUGAAGCGGGAAGUUCAGGAGAUGCGCGCUGACUAUCUGCUGCCUCAGAUGGUUCUUCCGCACGUGCUUCCGGUUCAGUACCACUGCUACGACAGACAGCGACUUCCGUUUCCGCCUCACGGCGCGCUGAUGCAGCAGAUGAUGCCGCCGGUUGCUCCUCAUCAGCUCAUGAUGGCCAGGCAGCAUUACUACUGAAGACACUACAGAGACUCGUUCCUUUAAAACACUUAGAUCACAUCCCGUGUGCAAUAUCUGUACAGUUAAUUAAAAAGAAGAGUUUAUUUAUAAAUAAAGUA